GGCAUUUCCUUUAUACUCUGUGAGUCGCAGUGCACGGUUGUAUCGCUCCGCCGGCAGAGGAAAUGCUCGUAGACCAAUCACAUCUGUGUUUACACCAUCACCUGUCAAACACACACCCUCUGGUACAUUUUCUCUCUGAAAGGAGCUGAAACACACACUCACACUGAAGCGCCUACGGUAGCCGCUAACUGGACGGACUCUCUGGCAAUUGACCUUUUGCAGCGGAAUAGUGGAAUAAGUCUUGAACCAUGAGCUCAGUGGCAGUGUUGACCCCGGAGAGCUUUGCCGAGCAUCGCAGUGGACUGAAGGACCAGGAAAUAACAGGCUGCGUCCCGGAGGAUGAGGCAUACAUCCCUACCUAUCUGGAAGCCUUCCCUCCGCUGCCGGAGAAGGGGGCACCAGGGGAGAAGGCCGGGGAGCCAGCUUCGGCAUGGGGGAGCAAGAUCAGGCCCAUCAAAGCCUCUGUUAUCACCCAGGUGUUCCAUGUGCCCCUGGAAGAACGACGCUACAAGGACAACAGCCAGUUUGGGGAGGGCGAGGAAGCCAAAGUGUGCCUGGACAUCAUGCAGCGAACAGGGGCACACAUUGAGCUGUCCCUGGCUAAAGACCAGGGUCUGUCCAUCAUGGUCACCGGCAAACUGGACUCUGUCAUGAAGGCUCGCAAGGAAAUUGUAGCUCGCCUGCAGACACAGGCAUCUGCUACGGUCGCCAUCCCCAAGGAGCAUCAUCGUUUUGUCAUUGGCAAGAAUGGUGAGAAGCUGCAGGAGCUCGAGCUGAAAACUGCCACCAAGAUUGCAAUUCCCCGUCCGGACGACCCCAGCGCUAACAUCCGCAUCACUGGUACCAAGGAAGGCAUCGAAAAGGCUCGCCAUGAAAUCCUACUGAUCUCUGCUGAGCAGGACAAGCGUGCAGUGGAGCGUCUGUCCCUAGAGAAGGCUUUCCACCCCUUCAUUGCUGGUGCCCACAACAGGCUGGUGCAGGAGUUGAGCCAAGAGACCGGUGCCCGGAUCAGCAUCCCCCCGCCCAGUCUGCCGAAGGACGAGAUUGUCAUCACUGGAGAGAAGGAGGCCGUAGCGCUGGCGCUCAGCCGCAUUCGAGCCAUCUACGAUGACAAGAAGAGGAAGACCACGACCAUCUCUGUGGAGGUGAAGAAGUCCCAGCAUAAGUACAUCAUAGGUCCAAAGGGCAACACGUUGCAGGAAAUCCUGGAGGCCACGGGGGUGUCAGUAGAAAUGCCUCCUCUGGACUCCGGCUCAGAAACUAUCAUCCUUAGAGGGGAGCCGGACAAACUGGGACCGGCACUUACACAAGUCUACGCCAAGGCUAAGAGUGUGAUGGUGGUGGAGGUGACUGCUCCAGCCUGGCUGCAUCGUUUCAUCAUCGGCAAGAAAGGGCAGAACAUCGGACGGAUCACACAGCAGCUACCACGGGUUCACAUAGAGUUUACGGAUGGUGAGGAGCGCAUCAGUCUGGAGGGGCCAACAGAGGAGGUGGAGCAAGCUCAGGCCCAGAUACAAGAGAUCAUCAAGGAUCUGCUGGUGAGGAUGGACUACACGGAAGUCAUCAUAGAUCAGCGUUUCCACAGACACCUUAUCGGAAAGAACGGAGCCAACAUCAAUAGGAUCAAGGAGCAGUACAAAGUGUCAGUAAGAAUCCCUCAAGACUCAGAGAGAAGUGGUUUGGUCCGGAUUGAAGGAGACCCUAAAGGAGUGCAGCUGGCACGCAGAGAGCUCAUCGAGAUGGUCCAGAGAAUGGAAAACGAGCGCACCAAAGACCUGAUUGUGGAGCAGAAGUUUCAUCGGACAAUCAUUGGGCAGAAAGGAGAAAAGAUCAAAGAAGUUCGAGACAAAUUUCCUGAGGUCAUUAUCAAUUUCCCUGAUCCAUCACAGAAGAGUGACAUUGUCCAGCUGAGAGGGCCCAAGAACGAGGUGGAGAAAUGUGCCAAGUUUCUCCAGAAAAUCAUUGCAGACUUGAUUGAGAAUAGCUUCUCGCUUUCCGUUCCCAUCUUUAAGCAGUUUCACAAGAACAUAAUUGGUAAGGGAGGCGCCAACAUCAAAAAGAUCCGCGAAGAGACAAACACCAAGAUCGACCUGCCAACAGAGAACAGCAACUCUGAGAUGAUUGUAAUCACAGGCAAGAAGAGCAAUUGUGAAGCAGCCAGAGAUCGAAUCCUUGCCAUCCAGAGAGAGCUGGCCAACAUUAAAGAGACCGAGGUCACCAUCCCAGCCAAGUUGCACAACUCUCUGAUCGGCUCCAAAGGCUGCCUUGUGCGCUCCAUCAUGGAAGACUGCGGCGGUGUCCACAUCCAUUUCCCCUCUGAGGGCUCCGGCUCAGACAAGGUCACCAUCAGAGGGCCUGUUGGUGAGGUAGAGAAAGCCAAGAAACAGCUGCUGCAGCUGGCUGAAGAGAAGCAAGUCAACAACUUUACAGCUGAGCUGCAGGCCAAACCGGAGUACCAUAAAUUCUUAAUUGGUCGUGGUGGCGCCAAUAUUCGUCGUGUGCGAGACAGGACGGGGGCCCGCAUCAUCUUCCCCUCACCUGAUGACACAGAGCAGGAACUGAUCACCAUUGUAGGGAAAGAGGAAGCUGUGCGUCAGGCCCAAAGAGAGCUGGAGAGUUUGGUCAAAAACUUGGAUGACGUGGUGGAAGACAGCAUGGUGGUAGAUGGUCGCCAUCAUCGCCACUUUGUGUGCCGGAGAGGCCAGGUGCUGCGGGAGCUGGCGGAGGAAUAUGGCGGUGUGGCUGUGAGCUUCCCUCGCACUGGAGCCAACAGCCAGCGGGUUACUCUGAAGGGAGCGAAGGACUGUGUCGAGGCGGCAAAGAAACGCAUCCAGGAGAUUAUUGAAGACCUGGAGUCCCAGGUGAGCGUGGAGGUUGCCAUACCUCAGCGGUAUCACCGCGCCAUCAUGGGGCCUAAAGGCUGCCGCAUUCAGCAGAUCACCAGGGAGCACGAGGUCCAAAUCAAGUUCCCCGAGAGAGACGACAGUGCUUCAGGUCAGGAGGCCUCACCGCAGGAAAACGGAGAGGUCAGUCCAGAGGCGGAGUUUGUCCCCCGCAAGUGUGACAUCAUCAGCAUUUCAGGACGGGCAGAGAAGUGUGAACAGGCUAAAGCUGCACUGUUGGCGUUGGUGCCCAUAACGGAGGACGUCGAGGUGUCUUAUGAGCUGCAUCGCUAUAUCAUUGGUCAGAAGGGCAGUGGAAUCAGGAAGAUGAUGGAAGAGUAUGAGGUGAACAUCUGGGUGCCGCAGCCAGAGAAGCAGCUGGAUGUGAUCAAGGUGACGGGCCUGGUCGCCAACGUGGAGCGAGCCAAACAGGGUCUGCUGGAGAGGGUGAAAGAGCUGCAGGCUGAGCAGGAGGACAGGGCCCUGCGCAGUUUUAAGGUGACCAUGUCUGUAGAUCCAAAGUUUCAUCCCAAGAUUAUUGGUCGCAAAGGAGCAGUCAUCUCUCAGAUCAGAAAAGACCACGAUGUCAGCAUCCAGUUCCCAGACAAAGGAGACGAGCAGCAGGAUGUGAUUGCGAUCUCUGGUUAUGAGCGCAACGUGGAGGAGGCGCGUCAGGCCAUCCAGCAGCUUGUGGCCGAGCUGCAGGAGAUGGUGAGCCAAGACGUUCACCUGGACCCGAGGACCCACGCUCGCAUCAUUGGUGCCCGAGGCAAAGCCAUCCGCAAGCUGAUGGAGGAGUUCAAGGUGGAUAUCCGGUUCCCUCAGCCAGGCUCUGACGAACCCGACAAAGUGACGGUGACGGGCCUUCCUGAGACUGUUGACAACGCCAUCGAUCACCUGCUCAAUCUGGAAGAGGAAUAUAUGCUCAGUGUAACGGAGACGGAGACCUUGGCAGCGUACAUGAAGCCUCCGUCUCGCUAUGGAGGGGGAGGCGGAGCAGGAGGAGUGGACGAUAGCAGCGGGGGUCCAGCUAAGGGCUUUGUAGUGCGGGACGCCCCCUGGAACGCAGCAGGAAACAAGGCUCCAGACAUGAGCAGUGCUGAGGAUUUCCCCACAUUUGGGACAGGCGUGGCCCCGAAGCAAGCGUCUGCAUGGGGCCCCAAGAAGUUCUGAAGCUACUCAUCUGAAAAGGAAAAAAAGAGACUUCUGUAAAGUAGAUGAUGAGAGAGGAAACAAAUCUCUUAUGAAAUUGCUGCUCGCCUUCCUCCUCCUCCUCCUCUUCCUCUCUUUAGUGACCUUCCUAUUGUCUCUCUUUCUCUGUAAAGCCCUGCUGUUCUCCUUCAACCAGCCACAAUGAAUUCUGGGAGAACUAUUUCUUCUUUAUCCCUUAUCCGUCUCUCUUCUUAGUACCUCCACGUCCUCCUUCCUGCGAGAGAAAAACCUGAACGUUGAGCGCUCUCCUCAUUGUCCUGCUUUGCCUCUCGGUUGCACCACCCCGGCCAGUCUUGCUGAAACAUUUCAAAAAAACUUUCUUUUUUUUUCCACUCGCAACUGCCAAACUCUCCCUUCAGAAUUAAAUAGACCCUCCAGAAAAACGCGGGCUAAAAUCCUUGAUUAUGCGAAUAAAUAUGCGGGGUUUUUAUGCCAUUUUAUGCGGGGAAAUUGCAGAAAGUUGCAAAGUGUGCGAAUAGUUGUGAAAUAUGCACAAAUAUGCGCGAUUCACCUGCAGUCUGUCCGCGGAGUGAUGUGUCCUCUAAUCAGACACUGGGACUACUGCGGGGUUACUGGACUGACAGCCAGUGCUUUAGGAGGGGGAGAAGCUCACAGCAGCACCUGCUGCUUGUUGAGGACAGUAACUGCAGAAUGAUCCGAGUUUUCCUGUCAGUCUCCAAAACGGCAGAAAAAGUCGCUAGAUUUGUGGCUAGUCGCUUUUGACAAAAAAAGUCGCUAGGACACUUUGGAAAGUCGCUAGAUUUAGCGAGAAAGUCGCUAAGUUGGCAACACUGUUACCGCGCUCCGCAUCAGCUCGUGCUUCUAGUGUGUGUGUGAAUGCGCGAACUGAUGACGUCAGGCCGGGCGUCACAUAAAAACUCACAACUCCAUUUAUAUUGGUUAUGAUAGUUUUCUCAUUUUAUGCGGAAAUUGUAAAAUCAAGUGGGACCCGCAUAUUUCUCUUUUCUUUUUUUUUUUUUUUGUGGAAAUGUAAGAUUCUUGUGGGGAUUAUGCGGCCUUUUGGGAAAUAAUUGACCCCCGCAUAAUCAGCGGCAUUUUGGUGAUUAAUGCGGGAAUUCAUGCGAUCGCAUCAUCGCGUUUUUCUGCAGGGUCUAAUUAAAGCGUCACCUCACUGCAGUACAUAAAGAAAUGUUACCGCUUAGUGGGAGAAUUGGAGUCAGAGAGCACCAGGAAAUAGUCAGAGAUUUCUGAAGCGAGACGCUUUUCGGAGCAUGGGGGCCGUGUGUCCAAGUUAAGCCUAGUUUGGAUUUCUAAGCUAACAGAGAAGAGAGGAGUCCGUUUUAUAGAGCAAGAAGAGUUUGUAAACUACUACAUCUUUUAAGAUUCUUUUCCUGAAGAAGGUUUCUUGUUGGCUCACCUUUCCAGUCACUCCUGUGGUGCAACAGGUGAGGCAGUGAGCCAUGUGCGUGUUCCGGUGUGUGCGUGUCGGUGGGUUCAGGAGAGGUUUUUUUUUUUCACCCACAAGUGUUUGUAGAUCCCUUUUUAAUUUAUUUCUGAGCUGGGAGCAAAAAAAAAAAAAAACAGCUGCUGUAGUCGACGUUCUUUUUAAAUUAUGAUGACUCAAAAGAUGUGGAAGUCCUGCGCCGAGUGUUUGUACUGAAGGUUGUUUUGUCACAACUGUUUAUUUAUUCAAAAAGGAGCCAUUUUAUUUGAACUACUGUGACCAUGCGUUUUUAUAAAAGCACUCAUUGUAGCUUGCAACGUUCCGUUCGGGAGUGAAUGCUGUACGUCAGGGUUUGGGAACAUGUCAACAGUUGCUAUGUCUAAGUGUACAAAGAACUUUUCGCUAUUUUUUAAACUGUGUGGGAUUUUUUUUGUUGUCGGUUUCUGGCAUAUUUGAAAGACUAUGUAUGUAUGUAUGUAUGUGUGCGUGCGCGUGGAAGUUAAGAUGUAUAUUUGAAUGAAGCUGAACCAAACUUUUA